AUGGCGACUCUCAAGAGAUUUGGCUUUGUUUCAGUGUUGCUUGCGCACUGUUUCAUCCUGUCUAGCCUCGCCAUCCCUGCCAGAAACUUAACAGCAGAUCAAGCUGCGCUUCUUCAGUUCAAAGCACACAUCACCUCCGAUCCUCACCGUCAAUUGGAAUACAGCUGGUCCACCUCUACUCCAGUCUGCAACUGGGUUGGAGUCUCCUGUGAUGGCCGCCAUAGAAGAGUAAAAGCAUUGGACCUUUCAUCAAUGCAUCUUCGAGGCACCAUUUCUCCCCACCUGGGAAAUCUCUCUUUUCUAUCAUAUCUCAAUCUCAGAGACAAUAAUUUCCAUGGCCAUCUGCUAAAUGAACUUGGAAAAUUACACAGAUUGAGAGGCUUUUCUGUUGGUGGCAAUAAAUUAAGUGGAAGCAUUCCUCCAUGGAUCGGCUUUUUAUCCCAACUCGAAGUCCUAGAACUCGAUAGCAAUCGUUUCACAGGAGAAAUCCCAGAUUCAAUCUUCAAUUUAACUAGGCUAGAGGUCUUGUGGUUACGAGAUAAUUAUAUCCGAGGACGUAUUUCUUCGGAGAUUCGGAAGCUCACAAAUUUGAAAAUUUUCUCGAUGCAAAACAACCAUCUUUCGGGCUCGAUUCCUUGGAGUAGCAUCUACAACAUUUCAUCACUGCAAGGAUUGGGUUUAACCAAAAAUUUUCUCUCUGGAAGUCUACCGAAUGAUAUCUGUAAUCGUCUUCCGAAUCUUGAGUUUCUUAGUUUGCUGUUAAAUGGACUUUCUGGUCAGCUUCCGGGUAGUUUGGGUGAUUGCAGGAAGCUUCAGAAGUUGUCAUUGGCUUACAAUAAAUUUACUGGACAUAUACCACGAAAUAUUGGGAAUUUGACUGAGCUUAUCUAUUUAUAUCUUACUGCUAACAAUCUACAAGGUGAAAUUCCACGGGAGAUUGGCAACAUGCAAAGUCUACAGAAUCUAGCUCUUGGUUCCAAUUUCUUGACUGCUGGUCUCCUCCCAUCAAGCAUAUUCAAUAUUUCUUCCCUGGGGUUUAUUGCUCUUGAAAGCAGUGGCUUAUUUGGUAGUCUCCCAGUGGAUAUCUGCAGUCGUCUUCCAUCACUUUGGAGAAUUGAUCUUUAUCGCAAUAAGAUCAGCGGCAGUAUUCCAAAGAAUAUCAUCAACUGUACUUCUCUCACUGCUUUUGAUCUGCAAGAAAACAGCUUGACAGGUGAAAUUCCGCAGGAGAUUGGCCAUUUGCAGAGUCUAAAUCAAAUAGUGCUAGCUUCCAAUAGCUUAACUGGUGUAAUCCCAGGGUCAAUGUUCAAUAAUUCAGCAUUAGUUAUCAUUGAUCUAUAUAUGAAUAAUCUUUCUGGUCAUCUGCCAUCAAGUAAUGGCGACUGGAUUCCCAAGUUUGAGAAUCUUUUUUUAGGGUCAAAUAAACUUAGUGGAACAAUCCCCAAUUCCAUCUCCAAUGCCUCCAAACUCAGCAUCCUUGAUCUGUCCGAUAACUUAUUUUCUGGGCUUUUUCCGAAUUCAUUCGGCAACUUGAGAUUCCUGGAAUGGCUUGUCCUUGAGUACAACAGCUUUACCACUGAAUCCCCUACUGCAGAAUGGAGCUUUCUCUCUUCGUUGACAAAUUGCAGGAAACUAAAACAUCUAGUUCUCAAUUCGAAUCCAUUGUUCGGCACCCUUCCACCUUUGAUUGGGAACCUAUCUACAUCUCUUCAGGAAUUUCAUGCAAGAAAUUGCAAACUCAAGGGCAGCAUCCCAAUACAGGUGGGCAACUUACAUAGCUUGAUGGUUUUAGACCUUUCAAUGAAUGAUAUGAAUGGCUCUAUUACAACUAUCAUUGGAAGAUUUCAAAACCUCCAAGGUCUAUAUCUAAAUAACAAUAACUUGUGGGGAUCUAUUCCAUCUGAGAUUUGCCGAUUACAGGCCUUGAAUAAAUUGCUGUUAUAUGAUAACAUGCUCCAUGGACAGAUUCCUGAAUGCUUAGCAAAUUUGACCUCCCUAAGGUAUCUUCAUUUAGGUUCCAACAAGUUCACUUCUGGCUUACCAUCAUCCUUAUGGACUCUUCAAUAUAUCCUGUAUUUGAACUUGUCUUCAAAUUCGUUAAGUGGGGUUUUAUCUCCAGGUGUACAAAGUUUGAAGGUCUUGAGAGAUCUAGAUUUGUCAAAAAAUGACUUAUCAGGAAAUAUUCCCACCACCCUGGGGGGCCUUCAAUCUCUUGAAACUCUAUCUUUGGCUGACAAUGGAUUUGAAGGCCCCAUCCCCAACACAUUUGGGGCAUUGAUAAGCUUGGUAUCCAUGGAUCUCUCUAACAAUAGUCUUUCAGGUGAAAUUCCUAAAUCAUUAGAGACUCUUUUGUAUCUUGAAAACUUAAAUGUCUCUGUUAACAAUUUAGAAGGGGAAAUUCCCAGCAAAGGUCCUUUCAAAGCUUUUUCUGCUGAAUCCUUCUUGUUAAAUCAUGCAUUGUGCGGUUUGCCAAGACAAGGGGUGCCUCUUUGCAAGAGUGACACCAUCAAACGAUUGAAAACACUCGCAAUGAAAUAUAUUUUGCCUUCAAUCCUGUUAGUUUUAAUAACAGUGAUUGUAUCCUUUUUCUUCAUACGGUGUCAUUGUAGAAGAAAAGACCCUUCGGUUGAUCGAGUCAAUUCGUUAUCUUUAGCAACAUGGAGGAGAACAUCAUAUCUAGAAAUUCAACAAGCCACUGAUAAUUUUAGCCAGUGCAACUUGCUUGGCAUUGGUAGCUUUGGUUCAGUAUUCAAAGGGAUACUUUCAGAUGGAACUAUAGUUGCUAUAAAAGUCUUUAAUUUGCAAGCAGAAAGAGUACUUAAGAGCUUUGAUUCUGAAUGUGAAGUAUUGCGCAACAUUCGUCAUCGAAAUCUCACAAAAAUCUUGAGCAACUGCUGUAAUACUGAUUUCAAGGCCUUAAUACUUGAAUUCAUGCCGAAUAGUGAUCUUGAGAAGUGGUUGUAUUCUCACAACUAUUUUCUAGAUAUGUUACAAAGGUUGAACAUAAUGAUAGAUGUUGCAUCGGCUGUUGAAUAUCUCCACCAUGAUUAUUCAACACCAGUCAUCCAUUGUGAUUUGAAACCUCAAAAUAUCUUGUUGGAUGAAGAUAUGAUUGCCCAUGUGAGUGAUUUCAGCAUUGCCAAGCUCUUAGAUGAAGGAGAUUCUAAGACAAGAACCAUUACACUAGCAACUAUGGGGUAUAUGGCACCAGAGUAUGGAUCAAUGGGAAUUGUGUCCACAAGAGGAGAUGUUUACAGUUUUGGCAUUUUGUUAAUGGAAACUUUCACUAGAAAGAAGCCCACAGAUGAGAUGUUUGCUGGAGAAAUGAGUUUAAAGAGCUUGGUGGAGGAAUCAUUGCCUGGUGCAGUGACUGAAGUUGUGGAUGCUAAUUUGUUAAGGGAAGAGACUGGUUUUGUUGCCAAAGUGAAUUGCUUGUUAAGCAUCAUGAAUUUGGCUUUGAAUUGUUCCAAGGACUUUCCUGAACAGAGGAUCAAUAUGAAAGAUGCCUUGGCAAAACUCAAGAAGAUCAGAUUGCAGUUUCAGCAAAAAGUAGGGGCACCUAAAUAA